AUGAAUCCGAAAGGCUUGAUUUAUAGCUUUGUUGCAAAAGGAACUGUGGUUCUGGCAGAGCACACUCCCUACUCGGGAAACUUCAGUACCAUUGCUGUCCAAUGCCUGCAAAAGCUGCCUUCCAACAGCAGCAAGUACACUUACUCUUGCGAUGGGCAUACAUUCAAUUUCCUGAUUGACAGUGGAUUUGUUUUCCUUGUUGUUGCUGAUGAAUCGAUGGGAAGGAGUGUACCAUUUGUGUUUCUUGAGAAGGUGAAGGAUGACUUCAAACAACGUUAUGGUGAUAGUAUCAAGAGCAAUGAUCCACACCCUCUUGCCGAAGAUGACUAUGACGAUGAUGAUUUGUUUGAGGAUCGAUUUAGCAUUGCAUACAAUCUUGAUCGUGAAUUUGGGCCAAGGCUUAAAGAGCACAUGCAAUAUUGUAUGAACCAUCCAGAAGAAAUAAGUAAGCUGUCCAAAUUGAAAACUCAAAUAACAGAAGUCAAAGGGAUAAUGAUGGACAAUAUUGAGAAGGUUUUGGAUCGCGGAGAAAAGAUAGAAUUGCUGGUGGAUAAAACAGAAAACCUUCAGUUCCAGGCUGACAGCUUUCAAAGGCAAGGAAGGCAGCUACGUCGGAAAAUGUGGUUGCAAAAUCUUCGCAUGAAGCUGAUGGUUGGAGGAGUUGUUCUUAUCCUAAUUUGUCUCAUCUGGUUCGUUGCUCAUUGA